UUUUGUUUUUCGUUUUUUGUUUUUUGUUUUUUGUUUUUUUGUUUGUUUUUUUUUUUUUUUGUUUUUUUGGUUUCUUUUCUCUCUUUUUCAUGUAUAUAAAAUGCUUUAAUUCUUAGGCAGAAUAGUCAUCUGUCCUUGUACUUGUUUGGGAUGCUGGAAUUUAUCAUCUAUUGCUCCUGCUUGCAUGUAUAAAAUGAAUGACAACGACGUUGAAACAAAAAUUUACAAAAAGUGACAAACUAGAAGGGCUUUAUUGUAAUUUUACUAACUAAUUUAAGUCAUAUUAGUUGGUGGUGGCGCAGUCAUUCUUGACUUUGUGAUUUUCAAGUACCGCUGGUAGCAUGUGAGAAACAGAUAGAUAUUUUGCUACUCUGGCAAAAAAUUAAAAAGAAAGACUUAUUCUAUCAACCAGACUCUAAUUCAUCAAAUUGUUUGUAUUGGAUUAGCUUAAAUAAUUGAUUUGAUUCUGUAAGAAAUACUCACAAACAUGAUAUGGACGUAUAGUUUUGUGCAUAAUGAUAUAGGCAGAUUAGUUCUGAAGUAGUAGGAAGAAACUUUACACUGGUUUUGGGAGCAUGAAAAAGAGGUAUUCUUGUAAGCUGCAGCCUAUUUCCUCAAUUGCAGGAGCUGACAUUCUGAAAUUUGUCUUUGGUCAAGUAUAAUAAUUGUACUAAAAGAGGGCAUCUUAAUGGAAGAGAAUUCUGGAGUUGUGAGGAUCCCAGUGGGGAAUUUAGAGAUAAUUAACGAGAAGGAAUUACUAACCAAGAAGGAUGUUAAUUUUGUCAUCACCAAUAGUAGUAGUGGAAAUUCUUCAAAGGAUUUGAGAGCAAAAGCUAAGCAAAUUUUUAAUCCAUGGGGACCGUACCUUCCAAUGUGGAAAAAUAUUUUUUUGGUCUCAUGUCUGAUCGCAAUCUCAAUAGAUCCUCUAUUCCUUUACAUUCCCUAUAUAAAUGAGAAAACCAAGUGCAUUCAAAUGGAUCAAAAAUUGAAGAUUGUAGCACUUGUCUUGCGAUGUAUCACGGAUAUCUCGUACCUUAUCUAUAUGAUUAUUCAUAUGCUCAAUGGAUUUGAAAGAAAGGCCACCAGGGCACUGGAAAUGACUAAAAAAAGUGGGUUGAUUGGAAAAGCAAAGCCAAUGUUUUGGAUGAUUCCCUGGUCGUUCAUACUUAUCGAUAUCCUGGCUAUUCUUCCGAUCCCACAGGUGAUAAUUUUAGUAUUCUUUACCAAACUGAGGGGCUCAAGAUAUUCAAAUUUAAGGAAGUUUCUUAACUUCCUUGUUCUGUUCCAAUAUGUGCCAAGGAUUAUUCGUAUCUACCAUUUGUGUAAGAAACUUGGAAGGACUCCAAGCUCAAUUACUGGAGUUGUUUGGGUCAGAGGUGCAUUCAAUUUAUUUCUCUACAUUAUUGCCAGUCAUGCACUUGGAGCCUUGUGGUACUUCUUUUCUAUAGAACGUGAGGCGGCAUGCUGGCGAAAAGCCUGUAAAAAUUAUGCUGGAUGUGAUGCUACGACUACUUUUGAUUGUAAUGAAAACAGCUCAAGGAAUCUGACCAUUCUGAAUGAGUUUUGUCCUAUAAAUCCACCAAAUGCAACAGUCUUCGAUUUUGGAAUAUAUCUUGAUGUUCUUCAGUCUGGUAUUCAUGUCUCAACAGAUUUCCCAAAAAAAUUCCUUCAAUGCUUUUGGUGGGGUCUGAGAAAUCUAAGUUCCUUUGGUCAAAACCUCAAAACAAGUACCAAUGUUUGGGAAACCUUCUUUGCCGCUCUUAUUUCAAUCAUUGGCUUGCUUCUGUUUUUGUAUCUUAUAGGAAAUCUGCAGACAUACAUGCAAUUGGCAACUACAAGAUCGGAGGAGAUCAGACAGAAAUUGAAGACAAAAGAACCAGAAAUAGAUCUGUGGAUAUCCAGCAAUGGCCUCCCUCAGAAUAAGAGGUCAGCGGUUAUGCAACAGAUUCUCUCCACAUUGGAACAUGACAAAGAUGUCGAUGUGGAAAAUCUUCUCCACUUUCUUCCUUUGGAUCACAAAGAGAUUACAAAGGGCAACCUCACCUUGGAUGAGAUACAAAAGACAUAUAUGAAGUUGGCAGCCACACGAUCAGAGGAGAAAAGACAGCAGACCAAAAUGAAAGAAAGAAAUGCGGAGUUGUGGAUAUUGAGAAACAACAUUCCUGAGGAUUUAAAGCCAAUAAUCAUGAGGCAUAUACGAUAUAGAUUGCAAGACAACAAAGGAGUUGAUGUAGAGAGUCUGCUGUCUAUACUCCCUAUGGAACAUAGAACCAUUCUCAAGGAAAACCUAUGCUUGCCUAUGUUAAAGAAAGUGCCAAUGCUUCAAAAUAUGGAAGAGAAAGUGUUUGAACAAUUUAUAAACUAUCUGAAGCCAGUGGUGUACACUGAAAACAGCUAUAUUAUCAGAGAUGGAGAACCACUAGAUUUGAUGCUUUUCAUCACCCAAGGCAUUGUAUGGACCUUCCCUACUGGUAGAGGCGGAGGAACUACCGAUGGUUCCAAAACCACAAAUUGUCUUCAAAAAGGAGAUUUUUUUGGGGAGGAGCUUCUGAAUUGGACAUUGAAAUUUACCUCCCUUAAUGACAUUCCCAUCUCCACCACAAAUGUCAAAUGCCACACCAAAGUCGAAGCUUUUGUUCUUAUGGCCAACGACUCAAAGAAUUUAGUCAGUACUUUCUGGUGGCUAUUCAGAAAGCAGCUCCAUCAUUCAACUGAAUCUGAGUUGAAGCGAUUGGAGCCAUUGGCACUUUCUGCUGUAAAAGAAGCCCGGCGUCGCAAUCAAAGCAAGAAGCCAAAAGAUUCUAGUUCGUUGAUUGAGGGUGAAAACAGCUCGAAAAGGGGUGGCAGCUUGCAAAGUAUGGGUACUACAUUUUAGGCCCUACUACUUACCACCAAUUCACUCUUGGUAUAGUUUCUGAAACACAUGGUUUGAGAAAAGUUAUAAAUUAAGCUAAGGUGUCUUAGGAAUAAAAAUUCUUUCCUUAAUUAUGAAAUUGAGCUUCUUUGAGUUUGUAUGGUAUUUUUUUGUGAAGAAAAAUAUUAACAAUGAGGUUUCCCAUUCAUAUA